UUUGAUUAGAAAGAUUUACAUAUAUUGAUUGUGUUUGAAUUGUAAAAGAUUUUUUCUUCGAAAAGAAAUCGUUUAAAUUACAGCUUUGAUACAAACUUAUAAAUUAUAUAUUCAAUUAAUUAAAUAAUUAAAUAUUAGUAAAAGUUCUCAAAAAAUAAAAUGAACAAAAUUCUUUUAGGAGUCUCUGUCUUGCUUCUUUUGGGUUUGACCACUGUCUUUUUGGUUGAAAAACAAAACAACGGUUUAAGAGCUGAAGUUGAUGAAUUCCAAGCUUGGAUGCACAAGUACGGAUUCAAGUUCGCUGACGAAGUUCAAUUAUAAUACAGAAGAUCUAUCUUCUACUAAAACAAGGAUCUUGUUGAAUAACUCAAUUCCGAAAACAACGGUACCUUCCACACUUUGAAUGCUUUCGCCAUUUACACUAAGGACGAAUUCAACCAAUUAUUCAAGGGUUACUAAAAGAGAUAAAAGAGUCACUUAAUCUACUCCUUGAAGGGUGAUGUUGCUCCCUCUAUUGAUUGGAGAUAAAAGAAUGCUGUUACCCCUGUCAAGAACUAAGGUCAAUGCGGUUCAUGCUGGGCUUUCUCCACUGUUGGUGGUCUUGAAGGUGCUUACGCCAUCGCUACUGGAAACUUGACUUCCUUCUCUGAAUAACAAAUUGUCGACUGCUCUAAGGCUAAUGCUGGUUGCAAUGGUGGUGAUUUACCUCCUGCUUACAAAUACGUCGUCUAAAACGGUAUUGAAACUGAAGCUGACUAUCCUUACAAGGGUGUUAACUAAAAGUGUGCAUAUGAUGCUUCUAAGGUUGUCUUCAAACCCAAGAGCUUCGUUUAGGUUACUCCUAACAGCCCCGACUAAUUGGCUAUUGCUCUUAACAAGGAACCCGUUCCAAUUUGUAUCGAAGCUGACCAAAAGGCUUUCUAAUUCUACACCUCUGGUAUCAUUUCCAGUGGUUGCGGUACUAAUUUGGAUCACUGCGUCCUCGCUGUUGGUUAUGAUGCUGACUCUUGGAUUGUCAAGAACUCUUGGGGUGCCAGUUGGGGUGAAAACGGUUACGUUAGAAUUGCUAGAACCACCGCUAAGGGUCCUGGUGUCUGCGGUAUCUACGAAGAACCCGUUUAUCCUAUCUACUGA